AUCCUCUGUGCAUUCAUCAUGCAUGCUAGGUAUGCUAACAUGUGCAGCAGGGUCUGAGGUUAAGUUACAUUUUCUGUUAUUUUGAUCAUUUCAAAUUGGAUUGAGUUGAAAUCGAUAUACAGUACUGACACAAGUUAACUGCAAAGUUACAGAAAUUUGAUAUUGAGUUGCUAAAUCCAUUUGUAGAUCUAUUAUGAAUUAAUGGAAACAAACCUAAGGCUGCCAGAGAGCCUGCUGGCACCAACUGGAUUUUAAUUACAUCCUACACAUUGGUUUGGUUAUCCCUACAGCAGACAAAAUGAGUGAUGAGUGGCACAAAUUAUCUCUUCCAGAUUGAUCCUAUUUUCAGAUGAGAAGAAAAAAUGUUUUGUAACUUAUGUUUCCCUCUAUGGGAAAGGAAAUGUGGAAGAAGUUGUGCAAGUGGCAGAGGAAAGGAGGUGAAAGGAUACGGUGGGAAAAUAAGAAAAUUAUGUGGAAAGGAAUAUGGAAAGGAGUUCAGAAAGGAAAGGAACUGGAUAAUGUAGUGUAUUAUAUAUGCAGAAAAAAAUAAAGAUGAGAAAAAAAAAUACUUGCAAAUUGUUUUAAAUUUUAAGAAGAGAUUCAUAUAUGAGCUUAUUUUAAGUCAUUUCUAAGUCAUACCCAGCUGCAGAUAUUCGAGGUUGUACACAUUUUGGAUGGAUGCAGAAUUUGCUUAGCAGCAUUACCAAAAUCACAUUGGUAAGAGUAAUCAAGGUUUUAUUUAUGUAACCCUUCAUGUUUAUAAAUGUAUUAUUUAGAAAGAAAAAAGCUGAACAAUGGUUUAUCUUCAUAUAAUGUUUUCACUCAACUUAAGCAUGCUAUGUUCCAUACCAAGAAUGAUCAAAGCCAAAAACCGAACACCAUGCAUUCUUUAUUAGCCUGCUAAUUUAAGAAACUGAUGCACGAAUUCAUUACACAAAUUUGAAAAUUAAUUUUAAGAAAUAACGUUACUGCUCUUAGGCAGUACUCAGCACGGGAAGCCAAGGAGGCCAUGGUGUUCAAUAAUGCCCACAGACACUAGCAGCUGACCAUCAUGCCUACUGCAGAGGGAAACACUUGCAUUCUUGUAGAGUCCUUUUCAGGUCAUUCAAUUCUAAUUUACCAUCCGCUAUCCUAGCUUUACCAUUUACAUUCUCAAAUUAAUGCUGGAAGUUUGACAUAAAACCACAAAGGGGACUGAAUUCCAAGUUAAAGCUGAAACUUCAGUGCUAAUGCUUUUGGCUGUGCUUCGGUGCUGCGGAGCAUGUGGCGCAUGGGAACACCCACGGCUGGGUGCCCUUGCCGUAUCUGCACACAAUAGACCAAGUUAAGGAUGGAAUUUCAGCCUGAGCCUUAACAUUAAUGCCGCAUAGUUUUCUGUUGGUUAAUUUCUUCUUACACAGCACUGUUAAAGACAAAAAUAAUCCUAAGUCAAUCACAAAGUCGUUUUCAAUUAUGCUUACAAGAGUCUUUUGCAAAUAAUCACAACAGAUUAUUCUCACUCAUUGCAUCGAAGAAGACGUGAAUUUUGGUAUCCUCAUUGCCUUGAGUUUGCCCUUUUGGAAACCGCUGAGGUGUUUGAUUACAGAUACUUUAAUAUCUGAAGUCCCAUUUUAAAUGCAUAAUUGAUUCCCAUUGUAUACCUAUCUUUGCUUGAAACUCUGUAGACUAGAAUUAAAGAGGAGAACACUGCCUUUUGCCACGUACAUGCAUUUUUUAUUAGCAAAAUGAAUGCUUUGUCAGUGUUUUUAGAGAUGUCAGCAAUGUCAAAUUGUUUUUAUCUGAAGGACUCAUUGAAUGACUCAGGAAAAAGUACCUGGAAAUUUUUCAGGACUUAAUUGAAGUGGGAAGGAUACAGGAUUGUUGAGAGAGAGGGAGAGAGCUCCUCUCUGCAUGUUGUAAGUGGGUGCUUCAAAAGAACAUCAGUCUUAAAAUUUAAGUGGUUGAAUCAGCCUUUUCUUGAAGACAUAAUUUAAAUUCAGUCUUUGAUCAGAUAUUUGGAGUAUUGAUUAAAAUGGUAACGCAGCCAUUUAUCCCCUUGUGAGAAGAGAGGGAUGCUUCUCAUCUUAAAAAAAAAAAAAAAAAAAACUGAAAACUUUCUACUUCUUCCCACAUAUUUUCAUCUUUUGCAUUUUGCACACCAGGCAUCUUUGCUUGCAAAGACGGAAGAGAUACAUACUGGUGAAGAGAAAAACAUUGAUGGAAGGGUAUUUACAGCUUUACAAGAACGUGUAAGCUGCUAUUUCAGACUUGACUAUAUUUUGCAUUUAGCCACGACACGUCUUGUACCUGCUUUGCAAAACCUGUGUUGCCUGCUUUCUGACAUAGUCAGUCUGCUUUCGCUCAGGCCUAGGGGCUGUCUGAAGCCACAACUUGAUGGCUGGUAGUCCAGAGACAUCGAACACCGUGUGGUGGAAAGAACUGUAUAGUUGAAGCAGAGUUUUGUAAUUAAGCUCCUGAACACCUUCUGAAAUGACUUUUCUUGGUUUGGAGAGUAGUCAUAGUAAACAGCCAACUAUGCCCAUACAGUUCAUUUAGGUUAUGAGAGUUUUGUACCUCUGCACUGCACUCCAUGGCCUGCAGCGGAAGGCACUUCUGCCUCAGCUGCAGCACCAGGCGUCGGCCAGCUGCAGUAUUCCAUCUUUCUGUGUGGGUUCACAGAAUCAUAGAACAUCCAGAGUUGGAAGGGACCCACAGGAGUCACUGAGUCCAACCCGGGCUCCACACAGGACCACCCAAAAUCAGACCCAAUGUCUGAGUGCACAGUCCAAACGCUCCCUGAGCUCCGGCACUCGGGGCCGUGCCCACUGCCCUGGGCAGGCUGUUCCAUGCCCACCGCCCUCUGGUGCAGACCCUUUCCCUCACCCCCAGCUGCCCUUCCCCUGAUGCAGCUCCAUGCCGUUCCCUCGGGCCCUGUCGCUGUCACACAGAGCAGAACUCAGCACUGCCCCUCCGCUCCCUGUGAGGAGCUGCAGCCGCCAUCAGGCCUCCCCUCAGCUCCUCUGCUCUGGGCUGAGCACACUCAGCUGCUCCUUACAUGCCUUUCCCUCCUAACUCUUCACAUCUUUGUUGCCCUCUUUUGGACUCUCUCUAAUAGUUUUAUGUCCUGAAAUGAAAUAAGCUGGCUCAGAGCAGGAGCAGCUAUGUAUGCCAUCAGGUCGAGUCCAUUGCAGCCUGCACAACCAUCUGCACUGUCCUGAGACCCAAGGUGAUUCCCUAUAUGUGUCAGCUAUUUGCAACCCACAUAGCUGAGCAAAGGUCAUGGAGUUGACAGUACUGGAGUGUUCGUUAGGUCCCUUGAUCAGCUAGAUGCUUUUGAAAGAGGUCAAGGAAGUCAUUUUUGAGCACCAAGUGUUAACAGUGGAGAAGAAACUAAAGUCAUGCUGUUUCAGCACAGUGGAAUUGUAGCAGAAAUAAUAAAUGCACGUACUGAUGUGCAUUGGCAUUUACAUGUGGUUGGUUCCAUUGAAACUGCUGGAUUUAAUGCAAUAGUAUUGAUAUAUCUCUGUUCUUGAAAUGAAAUUUUGUUGUACAAAAUGUCUGAUUACAUUUAAAAAAAAAAAAAGCAAACAUAAUUUUGAUCCUAAAAUAAUUCUACAAUGCAAGUAACAGUGAUGUUUGCCUUUUAAUCUAACAGAAAUGAUAACAGCAGAUUAUGGAGGCGUUUGUUUUGCCAGCGUCUUCGUGUUGAACAUAAUCUUUCAUUAUAAAAAUAAAAUUUAAAAAAACAACCUGGAGCAUAUUGCCACAAGAAGGAAGAUGUUGCAAAUGCAGAAAUGGCUGAAAGACUGUCUCUUCGGAAGAAUCGCUUUAUGCAUUUUGCAUCACUGGAGUAUGAAGGAGAAUAUUACAUGACACCACGAGAUUUCUUGUUUUCAGUAAUGUUUGAUCAAGUGGAACGUAAAAGCUCGGCCAAGAAACUGACAAAAAAGGAGGUGGAUGCUGCGCUGCUGUGUGUUACAAAAGCUAAACCAGGACCGACCUUUUUUAGAGAGCUUGGUGAUAAAGGGCUGAUAUCUUAUGCAGAGUACCUAUUUUUGCUGACGAUCCUUACAAAACCCCAGACUGGAUUUCAGAUUGCUUUUAAAAUGUUAGAUACGGAUGGCAAUGAGCAAGUUGAAAAGAAAGAAUUUUUUAAGAUGCAGAGAAUCAUUGGAAAGGAAGAUGAUUUGAAAACAGCUGGAGAUGAAACCGUAUUUCAGGAAGCAGAAUUGGAAAGCUGUGAUGUUAAUACCAUGCUGCUGGUACAUUUCUUUGGAAAAGAAGGAAAGGAAAAACUUCGCUAUUCUGAGUUUUUCAGGUUCAUGGAAAAUCUGCAAACAGAAGUGCAAGAAAUGGAAUUCAUACAGUUUUCCAAGGGCUUGAAUGUCAUGAGAAAGGAGGACUUCGCAGAAUGGCUGCUGUAUUUCACUGACGAGGAAAACAAUGAAAUUUACUGGCAAAACGUGAAAGACAGAUUUGAAGCAGGAGAGAAUAUCAGUUUGGAAGAAUUCAAGACUUUCUGCAAGUUUACAAACAACCUGGAAGACUUUUCCAUUGCCAUGCAGAUGUUUACGGUAGCCAAUCGUCCUGUUAAACGAGCUGAGUUCAAGAGAGCAGUGAAGGUCGCAACAGGACAGGAGUUGUCAGAUAAUGUUCUGGAUACCAUCUUCAAGAUUUUUGAUCUAGAUGGAGAUGACUGCCUCAGCCACAGCGAGUUCCUCGGUGUCCUGAAGAAGCGAAUUCAUCGAGGUUUGAGGGUACCACAACAGCAAGGCAUUCAAGGGUACUGGAAGUGCGUGAAAAGAGAAAGCAUUAAAGGAGCAAAAGAAUUGUGGAAGCAAAGUGGGAAAAGUCCUUUUUAAAAGCGUCCAUUAUAUUGUUGGUUUGCUGUAAAUGUUAUGUAGGGGUUUUUUUGUCUGUCCUGUUUACAUUAUAGCUGAAUCAAAAAUACUCUUUUUUGCUGCAGCUAAACUACAUUAACCCAAUAUCUAAUGCAAAGAAAAAAGAAUUAUAUCGUUCUAGUGUAAUCAGUUGGGUUUACAGAAUUGUUAUCACGUUUGACCUCCCUACAGAACUACUCUUGAAAUAAUGCUAUUUAUUUCUUUGUGGAGUCUGACCCUGCACUGUGACCUUUGGGAUGCAUAGGAUUUAGUAGUGGCCACUGGCUGGAACAUCCCAACAAUAUCAUCUCCUGUUGGAAGAGUGGUCAUCAUCUCAGCUGGCCACUAACACAGCAGUUCUCUUUCCCAAGCAAAGACAGAGGUUCAAAAAGGGAAACCACUUGCACAGUCCAUGCAAUUCAAGCUACCUACAUCAAAAACAGAAUCUCACAUGGCUUGUGCCCCCAUUACUGUGAGCUGCUUGUUGCUAGUUCCUGCCAGAUGGUUCCACCAGGUCCAGGCUGGAUGUCUGAUUUGUCUGCCUUUGUUGAUAAUAGCUUUAAACUGGAAAUGUAAGACUGCUGAUACAGGCUUUAAAAGUUACAUGUUGAUUUAUGAAUGUGCAUUGAGACUCUCAGACCUCUUCAACAAACAGUGUGAACAAGAAGGAAAAAUCCUCAUCCUCAUUCUAUCCUGAGCAGUGAUUACACCUUGAUUUGUAACUAUUUUGUUUAAUUGUAAUACAGAAGAUAAAUGUGUAACAAAUACUUUGUGUUAGUAACAAUUAUGACAGGGAAUGCUGCAGUAUCUCAGGAACUCAAGGUUAUAACAAGCAUUGGCAGGAAUAAUAGACCCAACAAAAAAGUAAAUAAAUUGUUUAUGAUCCAAGUUGCAAAGCUAGACAUGAGAUGUCAAACAAUAAAACAAAAAAAGAUAAAAAUUAACAUGAAUGUUUUUCAGCCAUAACAACAUGCUUCUCUGUAUACACAGAUGUGCAUGAUACAUGAGUUUUUUCUUAUAGACCCAAGAGCCUGUAGUCACAGGACCAGAUCAGUGUUCCCGUCUGGCCAUUUCAUAUUGGAGACAGACUUUAACACACAGAGCUGUCAGCAUUGUCUGUUUUAUCCAGGCUGGGGUGAAGGCCUGACUUUUCAAGACAGGUUUGUGAUAACAUACUCAAAAGACAGACUGGGUAAAACAACCAAGAAAUCUCACCACUCUGCAGAUCCCACCUAAGGAGGGUUACAGGUAAUGCAUUUGGUAUGUCAGUGGCCAUCAGGCAAGCUCAUGCUAAGGAGGAGUCCUCCCAGGUCUCAACACUCUAGAGAGAAGCAAGCGAAGCAGCAGCAUGCAACCACCUGCUACUCUUCCCUAUGCAGCCUUCUCUUGGAUCUUUAAUUUAAAUUGUGUGAAAGAGAAAAUGCUUUUCUUUGUGUGAUCUGUGAGUAUGCAUCCGGAGUCAUCCACAUGAACAGGAACAUGACUGUGGGUGCCCCAAGACCUGUCUAGAAAAUCAGGUACCAGUGACUGCUAAGGAUCCCUCUGCUUCCGCCAGGAACCUGUCAAAAAUGAAACGAAGUGCAGUAAAUGCCACUGCCUCUCCCCCUUAAACUGAAAUGGCACUGCUCUGUGGGCAAUGAGAAAUCUGGCAGCUGUUUUCACUCUGUGCUUUUGGAAGCUGUUUAUGGUGAUGGGAACUAUGAGUAAGAGCUGCUGGGAGCAGAGGUGGGGCAGCAGGGCUGGCAUGGAAGUACGACAACUAAACAAUUUUUUUUUCAAAGGACAAAAUCAAGCAAGACACUUCUGUAUCACAGAAGUGUGUGUGUGUUCCCCAACAUUGGGCGUUGUUCCAGCUCUGCUAUAAUACAGGGCAGCCUUUUACUUGUUGCUGUUCAUAUUUUGGCAAAUUGUUUUUAUUUUGGAAUGGAGAUGAUUGUUUAACAAUGUAUUCUGUGAAUUCUUAAUAGGUUUUUGAUGUUCUACAUUGCUUUUGUGGUUGUUUUUUGCUUUGUUUUGUUUGCUGAUGACACAUAUCCUGCAAGCUGUUUGGUUUUCUGUUGGAAAAAUCAAUUCAUCUAGCUUUAGUGUAUCCAAGGGUUUAAUUUCUCAUUGCUCAUUUGUAUCUGGGUUCGUGCAAUCAGCAAUAUCUGCUUUUGGCAGCAAGUUACUAAAAAUGGAUUUCGAGUUUUAUUUCUUAGCUAAAGAUCUGGUGUCCACUUCAGAUGAAAAAGAAAACAGAUAUGCUUAUUUUAAAACAAACAUCGUGUCUAUAGUAAAAUAAGGAAUGGAAUGAUUACUUAGGAAUUAAAAUGUGAUUAACAUUUUCAGAAGAAACUAUCCUGAAAGUGCAGCCAGGAAGGAAUUCCUCUGAAUGCCAGGGAAGAUCUGUCCCUUGAAGAAUCAGGCUCUGUGUUUAAUCUGUAGCUUAUUUUUGUUUGUUUUCACCAAAAAGAUUUGUGAAACAGUCUUAAAAUCAUUUCUCAGAUAAAAUAUCUUAGACUGAGAGAGCUGUUUACAUAAAUGUUCCGACUGACCUUGUCUUAUGAGGAAUCCAUUGUAGUUUUCAUUUUUUUAAGUUCCUUUUAGUAUCUGUAUGGUAUUUGCAAGCUCUCUGUCAACAUUACUCAACACAGUUUAUUUAAAGGUCUUGCCUACUGCCAGUCUGCCAAUUAAGUGUAUCAAUUACUUUUUUUAAUCUUAGGAAUCCUUCCUCUGAACAGAAAUAUACUAAAAAUGAAAUAAAAUGAAACACUAAAGAAAAAGCUCCAACUUUGCUUUUGAGUGUCAUUUGGAAUAAAAAAAUAAUAUAUUACAUAUUGUGGAGCUCUCAUAAAUUGAUUUAAUGUAUUUUAAAAGAAUACGCAAGAUGAGUAUUGCCAGAUAAAGGGCUGAGAUGGGAACAAAUCCAGAGAGUUAAAGGAAAUAUUUCAAAAUUCUGAUCUAUUGUCCAUACUUUGACUUAAGCAUAGAGAUGGAUUAAUAAAUGUACAUUGGAGUUUUAAAUACAGUUUUCUUCUCAUGGAAGAGUGCCAGCGUGUCUUGUGUCUUCAACCUUUCCUAUUAAACAGUCACAACUGGUCAGGAAACUAUUCCAGUGAAGAAAGAAACCUUCAGUCUUUCUGAACAGACAGCACGUAUCCCACUGAUGUGGUUAUUACUGAGAUCCACACUGACCAAGCAACAGCCUCUAUAAUGCCACUGGGAACAGAGUAAGCAUGAAGGCAAAACCCACGGACAUAGACACAUAUUGUUAGCACCAGGCAACCUCAGAAAUUCCUCCUAGCGAAACUGAAGAUGUUGCCCAACAAGAUGUGGAAAGGAAACCUGAGAGACUUGAGCGUGUACAAAAUUAAUCCACAAACAAGCUUGCAGCUCUCUGCUCAUCUACUUUCUGAAGGUUUCCUGCUGUCUUUGUUGAUUAAACAAUUCCUAGUUGGUUCAAUAAUGUAGAAAUUAUGCAGCAUAUGUGGAGACAGAUUUCCCAUUAGGCUGGUGUUGGCUCAGUUAAUAAAGUUUUUGCUUCAUUAACC